AUGUCUAGCUCUACGACUCCUGACUUAUUAUAUCCCUCUGCGGAUAAAGCUGCAGGGUCUAGUGACAAUAUACAUGGAGAUGAAUUACGACUUAGAGAAAGGAUUAAAGACAACCCCACCGAUAUUUUAUCUUAUUUCCAACUCAUUCAAUAUUUAGAAACUCAAGAGUCGUACGCUAAAGUGAGAGAAGUAUACGAGCAGUUUCAUAACACAUUCCCGUUUUAUUCACCUGCGUGGACUUUACAAUUGAAGGGUGAAUUGGCAAGAGAUGAAUUUGAGACGGUUGAGAAGAUUCUGGCGCAAUGCCUUUCUGGUAAGUUGGAAAAUAAUGACCUAUCUCUUUGGUCAACAUAUUUGGACUACAUACGCAGGAAAAACAACUUAAUCACCGGUGGACAAGAAGCGAGAGCCGUUAUUGUCAAGGCAUUCCAAUUAGUUAUGCAAAAGUGUGCAAUUUUUGAACCCAAGUCAUCCUCUUUUUGGAAUGAAUAUCUCAAUUUCUUAGAGCAGUGGAAGCCAUUCAACAAAUGGGAAGAGCAACAACGGAUUGACAUGCUCAGGGAAUUCUACAAGAAAAUGUUAUGUGUUCCCUUUGAUAAUUUAGAGAAAAUGUGGAAUAGAUACACUCAAUGGGAACAAGAAAUAAAUUCGCUAACAGCCAGAAAGUUCAUUGGUGAAUUAUCGGCCGAAUACAUGAAAGCCCGUUCCUUGUACCAAGAAUGGCUGAAUGUUACUAAUGGAUUGAAAAGGGCAUCCCCAAUCAAUCUGCGCACAGCAAACAAGAAAAACAUACCACAAUCAGGUACAUCAGACUCAAACAUUCAGCAGUUACAAAUUUGGUUGAAUUGGAUAAAGUGGGAAAGGGAAAAUAAAUUAAUUCUUAGUGAAGAUGUGCUAUCACAAAGGAUCAAUUAUGUUUAUAAACAAGGUAUUCAAUACAUGAUAUUUUCUGCUGAAAUGUGGUACGAUUAUUCAAUGUAUAUAUCUGAAAAUUCGGAUCGACAAAAUAUCUUAUAUACUGCGUUAUUAGCUAAUCCCGACUCACCUUCUCUUACAUUCAAAUUAUCCGAAUGUUACGAACUGGAUAAUGAUUCUGAAAGUGUUUCUAACUGCUUUGACAGAUGUACUCAAACUUUGCUAUCGCAAUAUAAGAAGAUUGCUUCCGAUAUAAAUACGAGUGAAGACAAUAACACAGGGAAUGAACAAGAGAUGGUAUACAAACAAAGGGAAAAAUUAACAUUCGUAUUUUGCGUGUAUAUGAAUACGAUGAAAAGAAUAUCGGGACUGUCCGCAGCACGUAUUGUAUUCGGUAAAUGUCGUAAACUGAAACGUAUAUUAACACAUGACGUCUACGUGGAAAAUGCAUACUUAGAAUUUCAAAAUCAAAAUGAUUAUAAGACAGCUUUUAAGGUUCUAGAACUGGGUUUGAAAUACUUCCAAAACGAUGGAGUUUAUAUCAACAAAUACUUAGAUUUUUUAAUAUUUUUAAAUAAGGAUUCACAGAUCAAAACCUUAUUUGAAACAUCCGUGGAAAAAGUUCAAGAUUUAACCCAGUUGAAGGCAAUAUACAAGAAAAUGAUAAGUUAUGAAUCCAAGUUUGGCAACUUAAACAACGUUUAUUCUCUGGAGAAAAGAUUUUUUAAAAGGUUCCCCCAAGAAAAUUUAAUUGAGGCUUUCACAAGCCGUUAUAAAAUUCAAAACUCAAACCUAAUAAAGAAAUUAGAAUUAACCUAUAUGUAUAAUGAAGGAGAAGAUAGUUACUUUUCUUCUGGAAACAAGAAUGGUGAUCAUGGCUCUUCUAAUAUGAAUUCGUCAGAUAGGAAGAGAUUAAUGGAGGAAACUGGAAACAAUGGAAACUUCUCCAAUAAAAAAUUCAAGAGAGACUCAGAGCUUCCAACAGAAGUCCUUGAUUUAUUGAGUGUCAUACCAAAACGUCAAUAUUUCAACGCCAAUUUGCUUGAUGCACAGAAAUUGGUUAAUUUCUUAAAUGAUCAAGUAGAGAUUCCAACAGUCGACAGCACCAAAUCUGGUUAA